UUUUUCUCUCGCAGAGACGCACGCUCUGAGGUGUACAGACACCGAGCGCAUCUCGCCACGCGCCGAAAAAGCAGUCGUCUUUUUUGUCGCGCUUCGGGAGGAAAGACGCUGGGGGAGAAGGCGGAUUUCGCUCCGACGCAUGACUGUCUUUGUCUCGGUGGUGCGGUUCCUUCUCCGUGAAACUUCUCUUCUUCUGUCUGGCGGCGAGAGAGAGGCGUUGUUUCUCUUCAGGGCCGCAGAGGCGGCUCGCCUUCGCAGCGGAUGGUCCUCUCGCAGUUUUCCCCCUUCGUCCGUCACACUUGCAUGCACGAACUUCCAUUUGAAAGAAAACGCCGCGAAGGCGAGCUCCACGCAGAAAAAACCAUCAAGAGCAGUGGCGACCGCCUUUCGCGAGACGAACGCGGCGUCCUGGACUUCCGUCCUCUCUCUCUGCGAAAGCGGAAGCAGGAAGAAAGACACUCGAAGAAGUUGUCUCCCCUGCCGAGGCGACCUCGCUCUCGCCCACACGCGCGCAGGGGUGUACAGACGCCUGCUGGGAGGGCCUCCCACUGGAACCUGA